UUUUGAUCUAAGCUAUUUUAUUAUAUUUUAUUAUUCUAGAAACUUAAGAUUUAAACACUUUAAAUUUAAUAAAUUGCUAUCUAUAAACCCGAUUUAACAUAGAUAGAUAUUUAACUUCCGUCACAUUUAUUUUUUGAUAUGUCCCAUAGAAAAUUCUCAGCGCCAAGACAUGGUCAUAUGGGUUUUGUACCCAAGAAAAGAAGUAUACGACAUCGUGGUAAAGUAAAGGCAUUUCCAAAAGAUGAUCCAUCUAAGCCAAUACAUUUAACAUCAUUUAUUGGGUUCAAAGCUGGUAUGUCUCAUAUUGUCAGAGAAGUGGAUAAACCUGGAUCAAAGGUGAAUAAAAAGGAAGUCGUCGAGGCAGUUACCAUAAUUGAAGCUCCUCCUAUGGCUAUAUUUGGUAUUGUAGGCUACAUUAAUACACCCAAAGGUUUACGUAAGUUCAAGUCGAUAUUUGCAGAGCAUUUGAGUGAAGAUUGUAAACGCAGAUUUUACAAAAACUGGUUUAAAUGUAAAAAGAAAGCCUUUUCGAAAUAUUCUUUAAAAUGGCAAGAUGAAAUUGGAAAGAAAGAAAUAGAUCAGGAUUUGGAUAAAAUGAAAAAAUAUUGUUCUACUAUACGUAUAUUAGCACACACACAAAUGAAAUUAUUGCAUAAAGGUCAGAAAAAAGCCCAUAUAUUAGAAAUUCAAGUUAAUGGAGGAACUGUUCCUGAAAAGGUAGAAUGGGCAAAGGAGCAUUUAGAAAAACAAAUUCCUGUGCAAUCAAUAUUCUCUCAAGAUGAAAUGAUUGAUGUUAUUGGUGUGACGAGAGGAAGAGGAUUUAAAGGUGUAACAUCAAGAUGGCACACAAAAAAAUUGCCUAGAAAAACUCAUAAAGGUUUAAGGAAAGUAGCUUGUAUAGGGUCAUGGCAUCCAAGUAGAGUUCAAUUUACUGUUGCUAGAGCUGGACAAAAGGGGUAUCAUCAUAGAACAGAAAUAAACAAAAAAAUAUUUAGGAUUGGGCAAGGCAUUCACAAAAAAGAUGGCAAAAUUAUUAAAAAUAAUGCAUCAACUGAGUAUGAUAUAACAGAAAAGUCCAUUACACCUAUGGGUGGUUUUCCUCACUACGGUGAAGUCAAUAAUGACUAUAUAAUGCUAAAAGGAUGUGUUAUGGGUGCCAAAAAAAGAGUUAUUACUCUAAGAAAAUCAUUAUUAACACAAACUAAACGUGCAGCCCUUGAGAAAAUUACCCUUAAGUUUAUUGAUACAUCUUCUAAAUUUGGCCAUGGAAGAUUCCAAACCCAUCAAGAUAAAGCCUUAUUUAUGGGGCCAUUGAAAAAAGAUGUACUGAAAGAAGAAAAGAUUAAUUAAUGAAUUUUUGAUUAUGUUAUGUAAUUAAUAAUCAUUAAAAAUUUAAUAAAAUAAUUGUUUCUUGGAAAUUUAAUUUAUGCUA